GGGUAUAUGCAAUGCUCCCGCAACUUUUCAGCGAGCCAUGAACAUGAAUUUUCAGAAUUUCGUACGAAAGACUCGUUUGGCACAGAGCAUCAUCAACUACUGCGUGAUUGUGUACAUGGAUGAUAUCCUAGUGUAUUCGAGUUAUUAUGAGGGACACGUGCAGCACAUCGAAUGGGCAAUGCAUGCGUUACGAGAUGCAGGUUUCAAGGUGGCACUUGAGAAGUGUCAAUUUUUGCUCACCACCAUUUCUUUCCUAGGGCACGUGGUCACAGACAAGGGACUCCAACUGGAAUCGCAGAAGGUGGCAGCUGUCAGGGACGCGCCAGUGCCUACCACUAUCACGCAAGUUCUCGCCUUUCUGGGCCUAGCCUCGUAUUACCGAAGAUUUAUUAAGGGCUUCGCGGCGAUUGCGGGACCCCUCACAAAUCUCCUGCGCAAGGAUCAGCCGUUGAUAUGGACGCCGGAGUGCGCUCAAGCAUUUUCCAAACUCAAGGCUGCUCUCAUUUCGGCUCCAGUCCUUAUAAGACCGGAUCUUGAAAAGCCUUUUGUUCUAAUCACCGACUGGCAGCCAGAGGCGAUUUCGGCGAUCCUUGCCCAGGCGGGACCAAGCGGACUCGAGAAUGUGGUGGAGUAUGCGUCCAAAUUAGUGCCCGCCUGCAAGCGCAACUACGCCGCUCCGACGGGAGAAUGUUAUGCGGCUCUCUGGGGAAUCAGUCACUUUCGUGCUUACCUAUAUGGGCGAAAAUUCACCCUAGUGACUGAUCAUGGGCCCCUGUUGGCUCUGAAGAGGUCGAAGGAUUACUCGGGCAUGAUUGGAGGAUGGGCAACGGUGCUGCUGAGCAUGGACUUUGACAUCCGUCAUCGGAAGCACAAGAGGCAUGGAAAUGCGCAUGGAUUGACACGGUUACACAGGCCUGAGAAAGUUCAGAAAAUACAAGUGAAGUGGACGGGCACUAUCGAGCACCCCACGUGGAUCGAGAAUCCGGAGCUGCUGAUCAUACAGGGUUGGAGGACUAACGCAGAAGGAGAUCUUAUUGGAUUCCUCUUUGGAUCGGUGCAACCAGGACGCCGUCAGUUGAUUGCAGAGGAGCUCAUCGCACCGAUUGUGCAAUUGGCGGACGACCUCUCGCCCGACAUCUGCUUUCAGAGUGACAGCAGUCCUGCUCCGUACAUUUUUGAGCGAUCCUUGGAUCCGUACCUUCAGUGGACUUCGUGCUUGGAGGAACCUAGCAACGAGGAUACACUACAAUCGCAGCGGAAGUAUCUGAAGCCGUACGAGAUCCCCUACGCCUUCUACCCGAGGGCAGAAGAAGUGUCGAUCAACGACAAGGACGAAGAAGAAGGCGACAACGAGGAAACAUCGGAGGAGGGAAGCCAUAGCAAACAUAGUGAGGGCGAGCUGAGUGAGGAGGAAGAAGAAGAAGGAGAAACAGGGUCCGAGAGGGAAGCCCCGCCGGAGGAAGCAACGCGUACGGAAACGGAGGCAGAAGAUCCGGAAGCGGCUCAAAAAUGCGAAGAAAUUGCCGCUGGGAAGCGCCAGCUGGAGUGCGCCAGCGAGGCUAGCCUGCGAAUCGGUCGCAAUCCAACCAGGGAUCCAGAGCCGCCGAGGCCCGAAGAUGGCGUCCCUACAACCGCCACCUCAAGUACCGCGCGACGGAGACGGCGCCGAUCCCCCUCCUCCUCCAGCCCCACCCGUCCCCCAGUUCGCCCACGUACCAAUGCGGGCGAUAGGCCUUCGUCCUGGGACGCUGUCCCACCGACCUCUUGAUUUCCUCACCCUCGAGCAGAUCCGCGCCCCCGUCACCUUUCCUUCCCAUCCUUUCCAUCCCCAUCUCUUCCACGACUUCUACUCUAUCCGUCUACUUGCCACCGUCCACCCCCACGCCUCUCUUCGGUCCACUGCUCCCACAUUCUGCUGGCAUCGCCUGCUAUUCAGAG